AUGGCUCCCUGGCUGCUCUGGCAUGCCGUCGCUAGUACCGCAAGACUCUCCACGGUCCUCCAGAUCCUGAUAUUCCUCCCGCUCACGCUCUCGACGCUCUCCAAGUCUGCCUUCCUGCUGCUCUCGCUGCUGCUCUUCCUGCACUCGCUCAUCCAUGGCACGCUCGUGCUCCUCUGGGGCUCGCGCGCGCUGAGCGUGAUGCAGGUGCCCAUGCACCCCUUCCUGCUCCUCGUCUGCUUCAACGCGUUCUCGGAUACCGUGCACCCCGCACUCACGGUCGCGGCCGCGUGGUGGGGCCGAAUUCUGCACUGGUCGAGCCCCGGGUUCAUCGUGAUGGAGGGCAUGUCAAGCCUGCUCGUCGCGCAGCGCCUCGGGCAAGUCGGGAAGGAGCUCGUCGGCGAGGGCGAGGCGUAUCAGUUUGGGCUGCUCGUCGCGGCCGCGGCGGCCUAUGUUGCGUCGGCGUGGUGGAUCGUGGUGUCCUACCCGGCUGCGGCAGCUUCCCCUCUGUCUUCAACACUCCUCGGCGUGGCGUUGACUAGCUUGAUCUUCCUGACCUUCAUCGGGUUCGGGUUACGGAGGACGAACGUCAUCGAGUCAAGCUGCCUCGCACUCAUAGUCGCGUACAACGUCUGGCUGUGCGGCGUAGAUGACGCGCUCGUCCUUGACCCGGCUCUCUCCUAUACCCCUCUCCUCUCGAACAUCAUGCCCCACCUCCAGACCCUGGUCAACUUUGUCUCGAACACGCUCCCGAAGCCGGUCCUGUUCGCCCUCAUCUACCGACUGGUCGUGAUGCACUUCGCGUCUCACAUCUUGCCCACCAUUGGGGCGGACAGCUGGGAGGAUGAGACUGGUGUGGACGAUGGCUGGGACGGCAGACCGACGUCGAAGCUAACUCACCUGCUGCUGACCUAUCGGCAAUCGAUCUUCGUUACGGUAUACUCCCACUUACUUCUCUUGGAUCAUUCUUCACAGGUUUGGUGGAGGUGGAUGAACAUAUUCUUCACGUUGGCUAUCUGGUCCGUAGAGCUCCUCGUGAGCAACGAGGAUGAAGCUGUUACGAAGAAAUGGAAAGUCGAUUGA